AAUGUCUAAAAAGCAUUACACCAAUACGGAAAGAAAACUUUUCCUGGAAAUUAUCAAAAGAUUUUCCCAUGUUAUUGAAAAUCGCAAAAGCGAUUGUUCCACCUUGAAAGCUAAAGAGGCUGCGUGGAGUGAAAUCGAGGAAAAAUACAAUGGCUCAGUACUUAUUGCAGAGCAGAGGUCGGUUAAACAGUUAAAAAAAAUGUGGAGCAACAUGAAGCUGCAGCAGAGAAAUGCUUUAACUCAGGAAAAGCAAGAUGUAAUGGCAACGGGAAACUUAAAUGUUCCAAUAAAUGUUGCUGAAGUGGACCCAGAUAUAGCCGCUAUAGUUCCUGAUUUAAUGGCCACUGCGCCAUCAUAUUUUUCAUCAAACUUCUCGGAAGAUUUAAUAAAUGAACGUCGAGAAGCAGUUUUUGAUGAUGAAGAAGUAUCAACAGAGUCCCUCAGAAAUGUUGUAACUUCUAAUUCUGAGAUUCAGGAAUCAGAGGUUUCAUUCCUUUUGAACACGGCAUCUUCUGUGAUUGAUGUUAAAAAGAGACGUUUUCAAGAAGAUGAAAUUAAUUGUUCACAAACAUCGACUCCUUUGUCUGUGAAAAGGAGGUGCAUGAGCAUGCUCGACUAUGAAAAAUUGGACAUAGUGCGCUCUACAGCAAGUAGUAAAGUAGACAAGCAAAAGCUUGAUAAGGAGACGAAAAAGACUGAGCGUUUGUUGAAUAUAAUGAAAAAAGAGGAAGAGCUGCUUUCGUUAAAAUUGGAGCACCAAAUUAGAAAACAGAAGUUAGAAAUGGAGCAUUUAAAAAAAAUCCACGAAUUAGAAAUUCGUAAAGCCGAAGCAGAAGCUCAAUUGGCGGAAAUGCGGUUAACACAGGCAAUAGAGCUUACACCAUUGUGA